AUGCCAUCGUCCAAGGACAUGUCACAGCCAGGAACAUCACCGCCGUCGUCAAGGGACUCUGGCCGAGGAAGCACGGAGAAAGCCUCAGAAGCUUCGGGUCGCAAACGAAGGCUUUUUGUACUGAUCGGCAUAGUAUGCAUUAUCGUGGUCGCUCUUGCCCUUGGGCUGGGCUUGGGCCUAGGUUUGAAGAAGGCUCCGGAACGAGAGUACAACCACAAAGGGCCGAACGUCCUUGUGGUCAUGACGGACGAUCAAGACAUGCUCCUCGACUCGAUGUCCGUCAUGCCGAACGUCCAGAAGCUUCUCGGAGAAGAGGGCGUCACAUACUCGAAGCACUACUGCACCGUCGCAUGGUGCUGUCCAUCCCGCGUCAACUUCCUCACCGGCCGAGCGGCGCACAACACCAACGUCACAUCAGGCCACCUGCCCUACGGCGGAUGGAAGAAGUUCUUGGAAGAGGGCCUCAACUCCAAAUACCUCCCCGUCUGGAUCAGCAACGCCGGCAUCCGCACCUACUAUGCCGGGAAACUCCUCAACGGUUUCAACAAGAUGUACCUACAGGGCUCGACGUACCCCAGCAGUUGGACGGACAGCAGCUUCUUGAUUGAUCCGGCGACCUAUUACUACUACGAUUCGUGGUGGUCGAACAAUGGCAAUGGCGGAUACAACGAGUACAAAGGCACGCAUACGACGGAUGUCACGCAGGAGAAGGCGUUGUCGAUGCUCGAUGACGCUGCCAGCUCUGGGGAUCAGUUCUUCAUGAUGGUUGCGCCGGUUGCUCCGCAUCAAGAACUCAAAGGUGGAGUCAAGCCACCACCCGUCCCGGAGGCAUGGCGAGGUAAAUUCGCAGGCGCGAAGGCUCCUCGGACACCCAACUUCAAUCCGGACUCACCGAGCGGAGCGUCGUGGGUGCGCAACCUACCCAAGCUGUCGGAGAAGAAGCUCGAUAUCUGCGAUAAGACGUUCGAGGAUCGUCUCGGCAACAUCGCGGCCAUUGACGACAUGGUGAGCACGUUGGUGCAGAAGCUCGAUGAUUAUGGGAUAUUGAACAAUACCUACAUCCUCUACACUUCGGACAAUGGCUUCCACAUCGGCAACCACCGUCUCAGCCCAGGCAAACGGUGCCCAUAUGAAGAGGACAUCAACAUCCCACUCCUGAUCCGAGGCCCCAACGUCGCCAAAGGCAAGAACUCCAGCAUCACGAACAGCCACACGGACAUGGCCCCCACGAUCCUGCAAAUGCUCGGUGUGCCUCUGCAAGACGACUUUGACGGACAACCCAUCGCCUACACCGAAGAACAACUCUCCGGCUCCACCAAGUCGGAGCAUGUGAAUGUCGAGUUCUGGAACGCAGGAAACACCCCCAUCGGCUUGGCGAAGCACGACUACUACAACAACACCUACAAGGCGCUGCGGUUGAUGAGCGACGAGCAGAGCUUCUACUACAGCACCUGGUGUACCGGCGAGAGAGAGUUCUACGACAUGAGAACGGAUAGCCAGCAGCUGCACAACCGACUCGCCGACAAGCCUGAAGGCAGCGCGGUGGAAUAUUAUGGCCGAUCGGAACGGGAGCUGUUCCAUCGUCUGGAGGCGCUGCUCAUGGUUUUGAAGAGCUGCAAGAUGGAUUCCUGCCGUGAUCCGUGGGCGACGCUGUUUCCCGGCGGCGAGGUGGUCGAUAUUCGCGGGGCGAUGAACAGCACGUAUGAUGCGUUCUUCAAGGACCAGCCGAAGAUCAGUUAUUCAUCGUGCAUUGAUGGGCAUGUUGUGGCGGAGGAGGGGCCGCAGACAGUGAUGGCUUUUGGGUGA